AUGGAAGCAUCCUCAUCCAACAGACAAGAUCUCAUACGUAAUGCCGUACUAUUCCUGAACGAUCCAAAGGUCCAAUCGUCCUCUUUGACAUCCCGAAUUCAAUUCCUGGAAUCUAAAGGACUGAACGAAUCGGAGAUUCAACAAGCCUUGUCACAAGCUUCACAGUCGAUAUCGAGCUCUACGGCGUACAAUGACAAUGGACCUGAAAGACCAAGAGAUCCUCCACCUAGAUAUGGAUAUGGAUAUUCACAGGGUGUCAUGCACCCUCCUGAACCGCCAAAACGAGAUUGGAGGGAUUUAUUCAUAAUGGCUGUUAUCUCUGGUGGAGUAGUUUAUGGAUUAUCGGUUUUAGCCAAGAAAUACCUUCUCCCCCAUCUCAAACCCCCUUCAACAACCACCUUCCAAUCGACCUCUCAAUCCCUCACUGACUCGUACGAUGAAGCGUCCAAACUCCUCACCGACCUCACUGAGCAGACGGGGAAACUGCAAUCGUCCAUUGAAGAAGAUAAGGAGAGGGUGAAUAAUGUGAUCGAACAGGUGGAAUUGGCUAUGAGCAGUGUGAAGAGUAACGAGGAGAAAUGGACAGAAGAAUUGAGAGAUAUAAGGAGUGAGGUUGAGAAUGUCAGGGAGCUUGUGCCGAAGUUGAUAGAGAAACAUUCCUCAUCACAAUCCUCAGCCCUCACAGACCUUCAGAACGAACUUCGCUCCCUCAAAACUCUUUUAAUCGCCCGACAGGGUCAAGGUCAAGCGCAGCCUGCUGGAUCUUCUUCACCUAGUCCUUCCAACUCGGGGGUCAGUUCAACGACGGCAGCUGCGAAUGCUCUGUUAACGCCCAGAGGGAAAGGUAUACCAGCUUGGCAAUUGCCUGCAAAUAAUCCUUCGCCAACAGGGAGUGGGAGCUCGACGCCUUUGAAUGGGAGUAGGGAAUUAGAUGGGGAGGGGAAAGGGAAGGGCAAAGAGGAGGUGAAAGAGGAUGGUGUGUGA